UCUACUUCCAUUAUUCAUUUCUUCCGAGUGUUGGUUUUAUUCAACGGAGGCCAAAAGGCAAGUUCAAAUUCUGAUUAAGAAAACAAUUUAAUUUCAUUAGGGAGAAAAUCUGAAAAGAGAAAUCUUAUUCUUUGGUGUUUUGGGUUGGCUUGUUGAACAAGAAGAAAAUGCACGGCCGUCCUCGCAAAGCCCUGAAACCCGAAGAUGAAACUGCUUCGACUGCCAAAGCAGAGAAGCUACGUGCCUUACAAUCUCAGUUUCUCUCCAAUCACCAUCAGAAAAUUUAUAAUAAGGAAGCUGUGGAGCUAAGCGCGAAGCUUCUCGAGAUCAAUCCAGAAUUUUACACUGCUUGGAACUAUAGAAAACUUGCCCUUGAACACAAUCUGGCCCAGUCUGUGUCUGAUCCUAAUUUAGUCAAGUCAAUUCUCGAUGAGGAACUUCGAGUAGUAGAGAGUGCACUAAGGCAAAAUUUCAAGUCAUAUGGGGCUUGGCAUCAUCGUAAGUGGGUGCUAAGUAAAGGCCAUUCUUCUAUAGAGAAGGAAUUGAGGCUUUUGGAGAAGCUCCAAAAUGCGGAUCCUAGGAAUUUUCAUGCUUGGAGUUACCGGAGAUUUGUUGCGGCGUUGAUGAACAGAUCGGAGGAAGAUGAAUUAGAGUGUACCCAGAAUCUAAUUGAUAAGAAUAUCAGUAACUAUUCUGCAUGGCACAAUCGAAGUUUUCUCCUAUCUAAUUUGGUGAAAAAAAAUGUGCAAGGGUUUACCAAAAAAGACGAGGUUUUAACCAGGGAGUAUGAAUUGGUACGUGAAGCUCUUUUUACUGAUGAAGAUGAUCAAAGUGGUUGGUUUUAUCAUCUUUGGCUUCUCGAGCAAACUGUUGAAGCUCAGCAGCCUUUGCUUGUUUCUUCAUGGCCUGCUCAUGGUUCUCAGCUCAUUCUAUCAGGGGAUAGGUGUAUGGACAGUCACGCUUCAUCUCCAUUCAAUAUGUUCCAAUUUGAUUCCAGAACAUUUCCACUCAUUCUGUACUUUAAUCAGGCUGUUGAAGGUGUGACCUCAUCUACAGUGACAGUUGCAUCUAAAUCUAACUCAAUUGAAGAGCUCAUUUGGAAACCUCUUUCAGCAAAUAACACUUCAGCUGCCCAAGUUUGGGUUACAAAAUUAGGUUUUCCCAAUGUGGAUAUCCACUCUUUAGAAGCUUAUCCUGUAGAGGUUACCCUUGGACACUGUGAAGGAAUUGUUUCUUCUCGUGGUUUUCACUAUAGCCAUUCUUCUCAUUUUGCAUUUACAGUACAUGCACUACCUGUUAAGACAGAACUUGCAGAAGGGGUAGCUGUAGAGAGAAUAUCAUGGAUGGAUGAAAACUUUCAUCUUUUUGAGCCUCAUUUGUUGGAAUCAAUUCUAGUUGCUUCACUCAAUCACCUAAGCAUAAAAAAUGAACAUCAGCCAGAAGCUACAACAUGGCAAUCGAAAAUCAUAGCAGAAGAGAUAGAGAACUUCCGAGAGUUGUCAGAUUGUAAAAUUGGAAAGCUCACACUUGCAAGACUGUUGACUGCUCAUGAUUCGUUAAUGUCUUCUAACAAAUUGGUCCAUUGUGAAGAAGUUCUGAAACUAUAUAGUGAAUUGAUGAAGUUGGAUCCAUCACAUUCUCGAUACUACAAGGACAAACACAGUUUGGUUUUGUUGCAACGGGUGAUCUCUAGCAGGGAAUCUAUACUGAGUCACUGCUUUCGCUACAAGGACUUGACUUCACCAAGCCACGCAUAUCCUAUGUGUUUACGACUCAAUAAAUUAUCAUUAUCACGAAUAGGGUCUGUUGAGAAAUUAUUGUGGGUCCAAAUGCUAGACCUUAGUCAGAAUGAUCUUCAAUCAAUUGAAGGAUUGGAGGCUAUGCAGCUACUUUCUUACUUGUGUUUGAGUAAAAAUAAACUCUCCAGUUUCACUGCUUUGGAACCUUUGAGACAGUUGAAUUCAUUAAAAGUGCUGGAUAUCUCAUACAACGAGAUAGGUGCACACUCUAUCGACACGAGAAGGUAUCUGUGUUCCUCUCCUUUGUCUCAUUCGGUUGGAAGCGAAUGGAAGCAGGAUAAAAUUGUGAUUGAUGGGCUCAGCAUGACAAAUUAUUGGGAAGCAUUUUUUGUAUUGAAAGGCUUGAACUUGACACAAUUAGACAUGGUGGGGAAUGCAAUUGCUGAUGCAAAUUUUACCAUAUUUCUGGUGAAGGUUCUGCCUACACUUAAGUGGCUGAUUUUUUUUUUUUUUUUUUGGCUCCCCUUUCUGAUUUUAUUAAAAAUGUUGAAUAGACUGCAGUUCUAGCUAUCUUGUUUAUUGUCACUGUUGGUAUCUAGCACUCUUAGACCAAGCCUUUGGCCUUAGUUCAAAGGCUUUCGAACUAGCUUUUAGUGUUGACCAAGUUAAAACUCUAUCUAUAUUCAUUAUAGAGUUCUGUAACAUAACUUUUAUAAUAGCAUGAAGCUUUGUAUGAAAUAUUAACACUAUAUGUUUAGCUUUUAUA